UUCGUGACGGAUGACGUGUCUGUGGACGGAGUCAGAUGCUGCUACGCAGGCAGCAGUUUCGCUAGCGCUUGUGCUUGGAUAUCACCAAUGUCUGAAUUCUGACACGCAAAUCUACAUUUCACGCAUGUAAAUACAUCUACCGAAUCCUUAACUAAUCGGUCGAGGCAAAAUGGUCGUGUUCCACCGUGUCCGUGUUGUAAUUUUGUUGCUUUUUGUGUGCGGGUCGCUGCGGGACGCGUUGAGUUUCUAUCUUCCUGGUUUAGCCCCGGUUAGCUUCUGUGAGAAAGAAGAGAGCGACAAAAACAGCGACGUGCCAGACUGCAAGUCAACAAUUGAGCUGUUUGUGAACAGGCUGGAUUCUGUGGAGUCUGUUUUGCCCUAUGAGUACACAGCGUUUGAUUUUUGUGCUGAUCAGUCCGAGAAGCGUCCAUCUGAGAACUUGGGUCAGGUGCUGUUUGGAGAAAGAAUCGAGCCAUCCCCGUACAAGUUUUCCUUCAAGAAGAAUUUGGAUUGCCAGAGUGUCUGUCUUAAAUCUUACAACACCGAGAAAACCGAGGAUAAGGCCAAGCUGGAAUUUCUCAAGAAGGGAAUGCUCCUCAAUUACCAACACCACUGGAUUGUCGAUAAUAUGCCGGUGACCUGGUGUUACGAUGUGGAGGACAAUCAGAAGUUCUGUAAUCCAGGCUUCCCCAUUGGUUGCUAUGUCACAGAUACGGGACGGGCCAAAGAUGCCUGUGUGGUCAAUGCUGACUUCAAUGACAAAGACACCUUUUACAUCUUCAACCAUGUGGACAUCACCAUUUUCUACCACAUGGUGGAGAACGAGGCUGCUGGUGCCAGACUGGUUGCAGCUAAAUUAGAGCCCAAAAGCUAUAAGCACACCAAUUUGGAGAAACCAGACUGCACAGGACCUCCCAUGAGUCUGGGCAACAAGUUCAAUGGAGAUAUCAAGAUUCCCUAUACUUACUCCGUCAAGUUUGUGUGGUUUAGUAUCAUGAACUCUUUGGUCAUCGUACUCUUCCUCUCGGGGAUGGUUGCUAUGAUUAUGCUCCGAACGCUCCAUAAAGAUAUCGCCAGAUACAACCAGAUGGACUCUGUGGAGGAUGCCCAGGAGGAAUUUGGCUGGAAGCUUGUUCACGGAGACGUCUUCAGGCCUCCCAGGAAAGGCAUGCUGUUGUCUGUGUUCCUGGGGUCUGGGACUCAGAUCUUCAUCAUGACGUUUGUUACUCUCUUUUUUGCCUGUUUGGGUUUCCUGUCACCUGCUAAUCGUGGGGCUCUGAUGACGUGUGCAGUGGUGCUGUGGGUGCUCCUGGGUACUCCAGCUGGUUAUGUGGCUGCCCGCUACUACAAAUCCUUCGGUGGGGAGAAGUGGAAGACCAAUGUUCUGUUGACAGCAUUUCUCUGUCCAGGAGUGGUGUUUGCUGAUUUUUUCGUAAUGAAUCUGAUUUUGUGGGGCGAGGGUUCAUCAGCUGCCAUGCCCUUUGGCACUCUGGUGGCCAUCCUGGCUCUGUGGUUCUGUAUCUCAGUGCCCCUCACCUUUAUCGGAGCAUACUUCGGUUUUAAGAAGAGUGGCAUUGAACAUCCUGUGCGGACCAAUCAGAUCCCCAGACAGAUUCCAGAGCAGUCCUUCUACACCAAACCUCUUCCUGGCAUCGUCAUGGGUGGAAUCCUGCCGUUCGGCUGCAUCUUCAUCCAGCUGUUCUUCAUCCUCAACAGCAUUUGGUCUCAUCAGAUGUACUAUAUGUUUGGCUUCCUCUUCCUGGUCUUCAUCAUCCUGCUCAUCACCUGCUCUGAGGCCACCAUCCUCCUCUGCUAUUUCCACCUGUGUGCUGAGGACUAUCACUGGCAGUGGCGCUCCUUCCUCACCAGCGGAUUCACAGCUGUUUAUUUCCUGGUCUAUGCCAUCCAUUACUUCUUCUCUAAGCUGCAGAUCAGUGGACUCGCCAGCACCAUUCUUUACUUCGGCUACACCAUGAUCAUGGCACUCAUCUUCUUCCUCUUCACAGGCACAAUUGGAUUCUUUGCCUGCUUUUGGUUUGUCACCAAGAUCUACAGUGUGGUCAAAGUGGAUUAAAUGAAAGCAGUCUCAUGAGAUUGAACCCUUCUCCGCCCAAUGUGAGGUCCCGUAGGGAGGGACCUGAGCGCUGUUUAACUUUAUCUGUUGCCACGGCGAUUUCGCUUUACACCAACAACUCUGAAUCAACAAAUUCCAUUUACUUUGCUGCGUGUGUGCAUUAGUAGUGCAUAUUAAACCAUUUGUAGAAAUCGACACAUCUGCUUCUUUAGUUGGAACGGAUUAAAGCAAACACGCACAUUGUCCACUGCGAUGAGUAAUUAAGAUUUGGAGUUUUCCCUUGUAAAUAUUACUUACUUUUUUCUUUUGCUAACAUUGAAAUGAAAGGGUAAUGCAUAAAUUACAAAGAAAACUAGCUCCAGUUAUUGAAUCUUCAUGGUGUCAGAAGUAUGAUUUUUGUAAAUAGCAUUUUUUUCCUUAAAUGCAUCAAAAAAGAAACUAGAGAUUAAAAAUGGAAAGACUUCGUUAUGAGUUGAUUUAAGAGUGAGGCUGUGUGAAAUUUCUUUCCACCAUGUUGAUACUGUAAAAUUACUGCUUGCGAAUUCUUGUGUAUAACCAGUGGGGGGAAUGUCUAUUUAACUUUUUGUUUGGUCAUUUUUUUUUCUUGUUGUUUCUGUUCAUGCCUCAACACAUUGCGUGCCUCAUUAUCACAGGAAAAUCAAGACACAGGGGUACUGGAGUGAAAUGAUUUUCUGUGUAUAUGCACAGCAUUUAAACACGUGUCCAUAAACUACA